CUGUGCAUUUGUGCAGCUUCUGGGCUUUUUGUUUUGUUUUUAUUAUGGUAUCCAAGUUGACAUCCCUCCAACACGAACUUCUCAGUGCCCUUCUAAGCUCUGGAGUUACCAAGGAUGCAUUGAUCCAAGCUCUAGAGGACCUAGACCCCAUGCCCAGUUUUGGAGUGAAGUUAGAAGCGUUACAAAUGUCGCCUGAGAAGAUGAAUGGGACGAGUACCGAGACGGACUGCAAACCUGUCUUCCACAGUCUGACCAACGGACAUACCAAGGGGAAGCUGUCUGGGGACGAAGGCUCUGAAGACGGUGACGACUACGAUACACCGCCCAUUCUCAAGGAAUUGCAGUCCCUCAACACCGAGGAGGCAGCCGAGCAGAGGGCCGAGGUGGAACGCAUGCUAAGUGAAGACCCCUGGAGAGCAGCUAAGAUGAUCAAAGGCUAUAUGCUGCAACACAACAUUCCCCAGAGGGAAGUAGUAGACAUUACUGGUCUUAACCAGUCUCACCUGUCACAACACCUCAACAAGGGAACCCCAAUGAAAACCACGAAAAGAGCCGCACUAUACACAUGGUACGUCAGGAAACAGCGAGAGAUAGUGAGACAAUUCAACCAGGCAGUCCAGGUUACUGGGAGUAUGACAGACAAAAGCAGUCAAGAUCAGCUCCUGUUUCUCUUUCCAGACUUCAACCAGCAGAGUCAAGGUACUGUUCAGCCCGAGGAGUCAAGCUCUGAACCUUCCAACAAGAAGAUACGGCGCAAUCGCUUCAAAUGGGGCCCAGCAUCCCAGCAGAUUUUGUACCAGGCUUAUGAGAGACAAAAGAAUCCUAGCAAAGAAGAAAGAGAGGCACUGGUGGAAGAAUGCAACAGGGCUGAGUGUCUGCAGAGAGGAGUUUCACCAUCUAAAGCCCAUGGAUUAGGAUCAAAUCUUGUUACUGAAGUGCGUGUUUAUAACUGGUUUGCCAACAGGAGAAAAGAAGAAGCUUUCCGCCAAAAACUAGCCAUGGAUGCUUACAGUUCUGGACAGACACACAACAUGAAUUCGCUGAUGUCGCACAGCUCUCCUCACCAGGUGCAACCAAACUCAUCUCCACCCAGUAAGCUGCAGGGGUUAAGAUACAGCCAGCAGGGUACCAAUGAGGUCACUUCCUCGACAACAAUCAGCCACCAUGGCAACAGUGCUGUGGCAACCAGCCAGUCAGUUUUACAGCAGGUCUCUCCAGCGGGCCUAGACCCAGGCCACAACUUGCUCUCACCUGAUGGCAAGAUGAUUUCUGUUUCUGGUGGCGGACUACCUCCAGUGAGCACUUUGACGAAUAUCCACAGCCUUACCCAGUCAGCCCACCACAAUCCACAGCAGACACAGAAUCUCAUAAUGACGCCCCUCUCUGGAGUCAUGGCCAUUGCACAGAGUUUAAGCACAUCCCAGGCACAGAGUGUUCCUGUAAUCAACAGUGUGGCCGGAAGUUUGGCAGCCCUGCAACCUGUCCAGUUUACUCAGCAUCUCCACAGUCCACACCAGCAGCAACUCAUGCAGCAAUCUCCAGGUCACAUGACACAGCAACCUUUCAUGGCCACAGUGACUCAGCUACAGAAUUCGCACAUGUAUUCACACAAACAGGAGCCUCCACAGUAUUCCCACACCGCUCGUUUUCCAUCAGCCAUGGUUGUCACGGACACCAACAGCAUCAAUACAUUAACUAGCAUGCCCUCCAGUAAACAGUGUCCUUUGCAAGCUUGGUGAUGUUUCAUACCUCAUUUUCACUGAACAUAGCAACUAAAAUCUGUUUCUACAACUUCAUCCUGGUAGUCCUGGAGGCUGUAAAGUUUUCAAAGGAAAAGAAGCUAGACUACCCAGUACUGGGGAUGACUUCCCAAACAAUAAAGGAGAGCUGCUGUGUCAAAUGCGUUUAUAAAUGAGGGGAGAGGAAAAGAAAGUAUGCACCAAAGACUCCAGUGUGAGACUAUGCUUUGCUUCCCUUCUUGCAGUAUUUUUCUUUCAUUUCAGUACUGGUACAGAAAAAAAUUUAUAUAUGCGGCAGUGUGGAGGAGAAGUAAGGUUGAGUUUAAAAGCAUUUACAGUCGUGUGACGUCUUUGAACAGAUGGAGGCCUGAGACUUACAACAUCAGUUUUAAAAGUGAUACAAAAUGUUUUUGUAGACAAACUGAGCCAACCUGUAAAUAAAUGAAAAGACAAGCUGCAGAUUGCAAAUUAUUUUACAUUAAAUCCUUCUUCUCCCAAUGGAUGUGAAAACAAAACAAAAGUAAUUAAGUGCAAUUUUGAACAUGUAGAUAUUAUCUAAAAAGAAUGGUUGAUUGGUAGAGGUCAGAGCUGAAUUACUUACAGAACAAACCAACUGGUAACAAAGCAGAAGGCACAGUUUCACAGUUGACAUUCAUAUUCUUCAGAACUACAAAUGUGGGAACUAAUUUUCCAGACCAGACUGCAUUUGUGACAACUUCACCUUCAUGUUUCUUUUUUAAAAUAAUGCCAAAGUGUCACAGCAAUGAUACUUGCAAACAGCUUAGCUGUAUCUGUGAUGGAUAGCUUCUGGCUGUCCAGGGAAGGUAAUUCUACAUGAAGCGACCAUGACUGCUUUUACAUAAAGAGAACAUUGAGUACCAUGUCUUCCUAAUUAUCUGCUCAGCACUGACUACUAUAGCAGUCAUGAUGGUGAUAAUGGUGGUAUAGGCAGCAAUAACAGGAAGGUUUGCCAAGCCUUCCAGUCUUCCUUCUUUGUACAUUUGUUAUGCAUAUUCUUGUAAUGUUCUUUCACUUCUGGCUUUGGGGACUCAUAAUUUCUGAAUUACAAUAAAUGCUGGAGGUCUCUGCUCUUUUAGAUUAUAUCUUUUUUUUUACUCUUUGUUUCCAUGCACCCACUCUCUGCUGCUAAAGAUCUGUCUUCACGUUCUUCUGCACAUUAUGUCUUCCUCAGCUAGAUGCCUCCCUUCACCUGGGACCACAGCUUAACAAAAGCCCACCUUCUCCAUGGAAAAGGCAAGCUAUCACUUAACCACUCAAUUCUACCCUUUGUCCUGCUCCACAGAUCUGCAUCUUUUUAUUUUAGUAACCAUUUCCUCAUGUUUAUUAGUUAAAAAUAUGUUUUAAUCAUAACAUUACACUCCAACUUUAAUGAUAGCACCUGAAUUAUCUUAUCUCAGGUGACCAAAGUUAAUUAGCUUCAUACUUUACUUCACUACCCUCAUCGUGUGGUAUGAGAUCAGAUGAUAUCACAAAACUUUCAUGCUUUGCUGCAUAGUAAUACAGCUGAUCUCUAAUACCAUACAAGCUGUGACAUAUUUAUUAGGUCAUUGUUAAUGGUACAAUGUCAGAAUGUAAACAUUUUUCUGUAAAACAAUGUUAUAGAAUUUAUCACCCUGCAGUUUGCUGUUUCUUAAAAACAGUUGCUUUCCUGAAAGGUGUAAUCAGUUACACUGCAUUAUUUAUGUCUGUUGCUGUAGGUGAGUUUGUUCCUCUUAUUUUUAAAAUGAGGUUUUCAUAGUGUCUUUUCUAGAAACUAUUUAUCAUUUAACUUGGUUCACCUUCAAAUACUCAGAGAGGCACUGAGCAACAGUUUUCAAAAUCUAGAUGGUUUUCUUUCAGAAGGUUCCUGUGAGAAGGUACUAGAUGUUGUUGUUGUUGUUGUGUCUUUCGGCUUUUCCCUCUUAGGGGUC